UCACGUAGUAUAAAACCUAAGUCCCUCCUCUUCGAGCUCAUUCCUGGAUUUGGUCAAAGGUAUGAAUUUGCUUUGCCGAAGACUGACCCGUCGAGGACUUUGAACAACUCUACUCAAAUUCAUAUUUUUUUCUUCAAGUAAUGGACAUUUGAUUACUAUUUUUGCCUCCAGUUUGUUCCUGAAGGAAGGCUAGCCUUUAGCUAUCACAGCCCCACCCAUAAGAAGUCUUUCAGUUGAUAUUAAAACCAUGAAGGUUGACGAUGUAAAAUUGAUGAAAUAAGAGAUAUAAGUGCCUGAAAAGCACACUCUAUUAUACCCGAGACGCUGAGGAUCUAUAGUAUCAAUAGUGUGUGUUUCAGAUAUGGCAGGGGGACCGGUGGACCCCAGAGAAGUUUUGAAGGGUGUAGAGGCUCUGUUGGGAAAAGAUGGAGAGCUCCGUAGCCUGGAGGGAGUCCCAAAAGUGUUCAGCCUGAUGAAAGCCUCUACCAAGAUGGUCAGUAGAUGUAUGUACCUGAACAUCCUGCUGCAGACGAAAUCCCACGAUGUUCUUAACAGGUUUAUCAGAGUUGGUGGCUACAGGAUGCUCAACUCCUGGCUCACCUACUCCAAAACCACCAACAACACCCCCCUGCUGCAGCUCAUCCUGCUCACACUACAGAAGCUGCCUCUCAAAGUGGACCACCUCAAACAGAACAACACAGCCAAGCUGGUGAAGCAGUUGAGUAAGAGUGCAGACACUGAAGACCUGAGGAAGUUGGCAUCUGUGCUCGUAGAUGGCUGGAUGGCUACGAUCCGCUCACAGAGUGUGUCGAGCAGCGGCAACUCUCCUGCCGAUAAGAAAAAGAAGAAAGAGGAGUGCAAGGUGCCGAUGCGGGAUGUGAAGGAAAAGACUGGAGAGGAGGAAAAGAAGAAGGAAAAACCUAAAGCUCAUGCACCCAGCCAUGCAAAGAUUCGCUCCAUAGGAUUAGAGAUUGACACCCCCAACCCGGCUCCUGCGAAGAAGACGCCCGCAGCCCCGCAGCUGGGCGACAAAUACAACAUCAAGCCCCCAGUCCUCAAGAGACCAUGCUCUGGUCCAUUUGACGCGCCACCUCUGGAGAAAAAAUACAAACCUCUAAAUACCCCUUCUAACUCUGCCAAAGAGAUCAAAGUCAAGAUCAUUCCAGCACAACCGAUGGAGUGCACAGGGUUCCUAGAUGCUCUGAAUUCUGCCCCAGUGCCCGGGAUCAAGAUCAAAAAGAAGAAACCUGGUUCUACUACUACAACCAGUACCAAGGCUGUAUCCCCCACGUCUAACAAGCCAAGUCCAUUUGACAGCAAACCGUCUACGUAUUCUUCAUCUUCUGCUAAACCAUCAUCACCAGAAACUGCUUCUGCCACUCCUGCUGACGAAAACCAGGAUACAGAGCAGCCUGGGACCCCUAUUCCCACUGAGGACCCAGAGGCCUCUGACAACGGCGAGAAGCCUAAUGCUCUGGCAGAACCACGCGGGGAAGAAGAAAGCUUGACCAAGAAGGGCAAGAAGAAGAAGAGCGUUCACUGGGCGGAGGAGGAGCAGCUCAAACACUACUUCUACUUUGACCUGGAUGAGACAGAGAGAGUCAACGUCAACAAGAUCAAGGACUUCGGCGAGGCUGCCAAACGAGAGCUGAUGAUGGACAGGCAGACGUUUGAGAUGGCCCGCCGGCUCUCCCAUGACACCAUGGAAGAGAGGGUACCCUGGACACCCCCGAGGCCCCUGAUGCUGACCGGCAGCCUGGUUGCCCCUGGGGCCAACAGCACAGAGAAACUCACCCAGAGGGACCGUGAGAUGGGCAUCCUGCAAGAGAUCUUCCUCAGCAAAGAAAGUGUGCCCGACAGUCCACAUGAACCAGACCCAGAGCCUUAUGAACCGAUGCCUCCCCGUCUCAUCCCCCUGGAUGAGGACUCCUCAGCGAUGGACGACGGCUACGGUGAACCCAUGGACACCACGUCACAGCAGGGCUCCGCCUUGAACCAGAACGAGAGCUCCAAGCUGCCACCCGUCUUGGCCAACCUCAUGGUCAAUCUGAGCAACACCUCCCGCAGCCCGCAAGCCACAAACACCGUCAACAACCCCGUGGCUCCCACCGUCAAUGUGCAGGAGCUGCUCUCGUCUAUCAUGGGUGCUUCUGGGAACCAGUCUACUGAGGACCUGAUCAAGCAGCCUGACUUCUCAGACAAGAUUAAACAGCUACUGGGCUCCCUGCAGCAGAACCAGAACCAGAACCAGAACCAGGGUGGACCUCCACCAGUCAACCAGGGUUUGCUGGGCCACGGGCCGGGGAUGAACAACAUGAACAAUAUGAACAUGCACAUGCAGAUUCCCAUGAACGGUGGCUACCCGCCCAACAACCCGCAGGGUGGGCCUCGCUUCAAUCACCCCCCGCCCCCCCACAACCACGGACCACCUUUCAAUGCCGGCGGAGGCCCACGCAUGAUGGGGCCUCCACCAGGCCAGGGCCGGGGAGACAACGGCAACUACUGGGGAGAUGACUCCAUGAGAGGAGGGCCCCACAGAGGGGGCCACUUCCACCGAGGAGGUCGGGGCCGAGGAGGAGAGCCGGGCUUCAGGGGACGAGGACGAGGAGGGCCCAGAGGAGGACACAACAACAUGAAUGACAUGUCCAAGAGGCCUGUGUGUCGUCACUUCAUGAUGAAGGGAAGCUGUAGGUACGAGAGCAACUGUGCCUUCUACCACCCUGGGGUAAACGGACCACCACUGCCCCCCAACCACCCUGCUAACAACCAACACAACCAGCACCAACAGCACGGACACUAGGCGGCACUGCUGCCAGCCUGGGAACAACUCUUGAUAACUGUUGGCCGCUGGAAGAGCCACUCUCUGUGAUCAAAUCACUGCAGGGGUUUUAAGACACAAAUAGAACAAGUAUGAAGUUGUGUCCUACACUCUGCUGUGUCUGUGAAGUCGCUCUGUAGGCGACCAACCUGCAGCAGUGGGAUCUGCCUCCCAUGAGAGAGGGAGAGCAAAGAGAGAGUAAACUGAGGGACUCUAAGAUGAUCACCGAUGGGACUUAGUGUUUUUAUAGUGAUCAUUUUUUAACAGUGAGACUGACACAAGCCACCACACUUGACCACUAUGUCUGAGCUGCUGCGGCCAGCUGCCUAUCUGCUCCGUCACUUUCCACGCCAUCAACAUGGUCGACCAAACGGAAGUCUCCUCCUCAGCAGAAAGCUUUCCACACGACUGAAUUCCCUUCUUAUUGUGGCUGUUGUAACUGUAUAACUACAUGUGAUAUUGCUUUAAUAUUCCUAGUUUUUUUACGUCAUCAGUCAGGUUUGUACACAAGGGUCAGAAAUCUUUUUCCUUACAUGAUUUUUUAUGUAAGACAAAAAUUUAGGAAGCACUUUAUAAAGGCCAACAAAAUUAAACCACAGCUAUGAUUUAUUGAAACUGGGCCUGAAGAAGAAUCGUAUAGUAUUUAAACUGCUUUAUUUGGCCCAGCCCUGGAAAAAAAUAUAAAUUAACUCUGCUGACCUGAUGAGAAAGGCCUUUUUUUUUUCUUUCCUUAGAGCAACUGGUAUUGACUGUGAAGAAGCACCCAGCAAUGUGUGUUCUAUGUAAGCUUUCCGUCUGUACACUCUGACUCAGCAGCUCACAGUCAGACUGUCAGCUCGACGUAUGCGUGGCAUGGCAGUCAGACACGCUACGGUCCUGUCAGAGGAGCAGCUUCUCCCUGAUCUCAAAGCUGCUGCCUGUGUGGAACCCAGGAAGGGUUUAAAAUGUCAGUGUUAAGGAGUCAGAAGAAUGAUGAACUGCUCUGUGGGUCAGAUAUAUUGAGUGUUUUCUGUGAAAACAGUGACCCUUGCGUCUCUUGUGGGACUGUUAGAAUGUAAAGUUUUUUGUUGCUUCCUCCACCCUCCAAUGUUUUUUAUUUUAUUUUGAUACAAUCUUGACCGUUGGUCCCUUUUUAAGACGGGUUCAGGUUUUGUCAGUAUGAAAUGUUGGUAUUCAUGUGUUUGUACGAAUACAGAAUACACAUUCAUACACAUGUCAUAUUUUCAGUUGAAUUCUUUUGUACACAGUGUAUUAAAUAAAUGUCUGAAUAUAGA